UGGGGCGCAGCGCGGCCGCCGCCUCCCGCCGCGGGGAUGAGCGCCUCGGCGGCCACCGGCGUGUUCGUGCUCUCGCUCACCGCCAUCCCCGUCACGUACCUCUUCAACUGCCUGGCGGCCACCGGCAGUUCCUGGGUGAUCGUUGCAGUUGGAUUGCUGGUUCUGGUUCUCAUUGCUCUGUCAGCUCGUGUUCUGGUCAAGAGGAAGCCACCCAAAGACCCCCUGUUCUAUGUUUAUGCCGUAUUUGCCUUUACCAGUGUAGUGAAUCUAAUAAUUGGACUGGAACAGGAUGGAAUUAUUGAUGGAUUCAUGACUCAUUACUUGAGAGAGGGGGAGCCCUACCUGAACACUGCCUACGGCCACGUCAUCUGCUACUGGGACGGCUCUGCGCACUACCUGAUGUACCUGCUGAUGGUGGCAGCCAUUGCCUGGGAACAAAGCUAUAGAACCAUUGGUCUCUACUGGCUGGGUUCCAUUAUCAUGAGCAUCAUUGUCUUUAUGCCUGGAAAUAUUGUGGGCAAAUAUGGAGCAAAAGUGUGUCCUGCAAUUUUCCUAAGUAUCCCAUAUGUCUGCCUGCCCAUAUGGGCUGGGUUCAGGAUUUAUAACCAACCUUCAGUGGCUCACGACACUCCAGUCAAGGUGGUUCAGGAGGUACAGAAGAAAGGACUCCUAAGGCGACCAAUAGAUUUAAUGCUAGCUGCAUACCUCAUUCUGGCCACGGGCUUUUGCAUAUUCAGGGGCAUGAUUGCCCUGGACUGCCCUGCGGAGCUGUGCCGCCUGUACAUCCAACUGCACGAGCCCUACAUAAAGGAUCCUGCUGCCUACCCCAAGCUCCAGAUGCUGGCAUACAUGUUCUACUCUGUGCCAUACUAUGUGAUUGCUCUGUAUGGCCUGCUGGUGCCUGGCUGCUCCUGGAUGCCUGAUCUGACCCUCAUACAUGCUGGAGGACUAGCUCAGGCUCAAUUUUCCCAUAUUGGUGCUUCUCUUCAUGCUCGAACUCCUUACAUCUACAGAGUCCCUGAAGAAGCAAAAGAGUUUUUCCUGGUAUUGAACAUAAUGUAUGGGAUUCUUCCUCAGCUGUUCGCUUACAGGUGUGUCAACAAGCCAGAGUUUUUCAUGAAACCAAAACAAGAAGAAAAACCAGAAUAGCAGAACUGUUUCCAGCUCCUGUCCUUGGCUAUGUAUAGAGUUGGGUUGGGAUGUAACUGAAGUGCUCAGAUGGAACCCCAAUGAGGCGUGUAAGAUGUGUAAAAUUGCACAACUGUGUAGUCGCACGGGCCGCUCUGUUUAUCCUACUGAAAAAGGGAAAAUAAAGACAACUGCCUUUAGCACCACUU